AUAUCAACCCACCCCCAGAUCAACCCCAAACCCCAAAUCAACCUAAACCCAUCACCCCACCCCAGACUGUCCCACACCCUGAUCAACCCGAUCAACCUCAACAACAACCCAAACCCCAGAUCAACCCACCCCCAGAUCAACCCCAACCCCAGAUCAACCCACCCCCAGAUCAACUCACAACCCCAGAUCAACCUACCCCAGAUCCCAACCCCAGAUCAACCCAAACCCCAGAUCAACCCACCCCAGAUCAACCCACCCCAAGAUCAACCUACCCCAGAUCAACCCAAACCCCAGAUCAACCCAAACCCCAGAUCAACCCACCCCAGAUCCAACCCCAGAUCAACCCAAACCCCAGAUCAAACUCACCCCCAAUAA